ACAGCUGCGAUGGUUACCAUAUUAUUAAUAGCGACAACAAUUUUCUUCGCUUUUUACGCGUGGUUUAAGUAUAAAUUUUCUUAUUGGGCAAGAAGAGGUGUAAAAGGACCAAGGCCCACGUUUCCAUUCGGGAAUAUGCGCGAUGUUAUAUUUCGAAGGAAGCAAUUGUUCCAACCCUACUGUGACAGCUAUAACACAUACAAACACCUACCUUACGUUGGACUAUACUCUUUCAGUAUACCAGUGUUGUGCAUCAAUGAUCCUGAUUUAGCAAAACAUAUCCUAAUUAAGGAUUUCGACUAUUUUCAAUCUCAUGGAAUAUUUACAAGCUCAGUUGGAGAUCCUUUCGGAGGCCAUAUUUUUAAUAUACACGGUGACAAGUGGAAAACCCUUCGAACGAAAUUAUCGCCAGCUUUCACAUUGGGAAAACUGAAGUCGUUUUUUCCGCUUGUAGAUAAAAUAUCUAAUGAAGGAUUACAGUAUGGCGAUAUGAUGUAUGAGAAAGGGGAAGUAAUCAACUUUUCAGAUUUCUAUUCAACAUAUGCGAUGGAAAAUAUUAGCAGCAUUGGUUUUGGUGUUAAUAACAACGGUUUUAAAUCGAACACAGAAUUUCAUAAGCGCGGUCGUCAGUUCUUUGAAUAUACUUCUUUUUAUCGGACAGUUACUCGAGCAAUUGCAUUCUUCGCUCCGGAGGCUUUCAAAGCAUUAAGAAUAAACCGAUUCGAUCCUGGCAUAUACAAUUUCUUUUAUAAUCUGGUGAGGGACGCUGUGGAUUAUCGCAAGAAAAACAGUUAUCGCCGUAAUGAUUUUCUUCAGACACUGAUUGAAAUAAAAGACAGGGAUACCCUGCCUUCCCUGUCAGGAACGGAAGAAUAUAGAUUUACGUUCAAUGAUAUCAUAGCGAAUACAUUGCUCUAUAUGUUCGCUGGCUACGAGACAUCGGCUGGGACAGGCAUGUUUGCGGCAUAUGAAUUGGCAAAAAACCCGGCUGUUCAGGCCAAAGCUAGAGAGGAGGUGAUCAGGGUCCUCGCAAAACAUAAUAACGAAUGGACGUAUGAAGCGCAAAAUGACAUGACGUAUAUAACCAUGGUUCUUGAAGAAACGAUGAGAAAAUAUCCACCAAUGCGCGCUCUGUUCCGGAGGUGUAAUAAAGAUUUCAAAGUACCUGACAGCGAUUUUGUUAUAGAAAACGGUACAUUACUGUUUAUACCCAUUCACGCAAUACAAAUGGACCCUGAUAUUUUCGAAAAUCCGGAGCGAUUCGACCCAGAGCGAUUCACACCUGAGAAGAAAGCUAAGAUGCAUCCAUGUCAUUGGAUGCCGUUCGGGGAGGGACCUAAGAAAUGUUUAGGUAUUCGUCAAGGCUACAUACAAUCAAAAAUGUUGUUAGUGAAAUUACUUACCAAAUACGAACUAUCAUUGGACGAAAAAACAGAAGAUCCAAUUCGAAUCAAGGCAACAUCAUUUUCUUGCGCUCCUGAGAGUGGUAUUUGGAUCAAAUUAAAAAAAAAAGAUUAUUUUUCUUGAAAUUGAAUACGUAUAUUAAUGGAAGUUAAAAGGGCUUAAACUAUUGUAUACUGUUUGAAAAUACUGUUAAUGAUUUAUAAAAUAUAUUUUUUCAAAUGUGUUCUUUUUCGAAGGACAGUAAAAUAG